CCAUCAGAUUAGCAAGACUCAAUUAGUGGGUUUUUUUUUUUUUUUUUUGGGUACUUAAUUUGCAUACCGCAGACAAGUUGGUUUUAAAAGCUGUUGGAUUGUAUUCACUCAUCUUUUCUUUUCGUCUUUUAAAUUCAAAUACUUAAGCCUAUCAUUUUGGGAUUUGGAUUAUCUAAACAGAAGAAAGUUUUAAUCGAAUCUUGUGAAAAUUAAGUUGCUUCUUAAAUAGCCUGGAUAAAGCUUACUGAUGCUGGUGUUACAGAUUUAAAUACAAUCAUGUACUCGGCUUGAUGUAUUAUUCUUUUAUUGCACUGGUGAUUCAGUGUGACCUUCUGUGAAGUUGUUGCUAUUUAUGGUGUUAUUGUGGCAAUCAUUCUGCAGACUACAUUAGAGUGUGCUAUUUUUGCCUCUGGAAUUAUUAUGGGCUUUGCACAUAUGGACAUGUUAUCUUCUUGGAACUUGAUGAAAUUUUCUCAAUGAAUUGAAUUCAGAUUAUCUUCUUCAUGCUUUCUUAUAAUUAUUUGAUUUUUGGGUAUCACGUUAUGUUUUGGAAUAACUGGAAGCAGCAGUGCAUUGUCAACUGAUGAAAUAUGGAACAUGAUGAAAGAUUGUGGUUUUUCGCCAACUAAUAUUAUCAAGAUCUAUAGAGUUCUCUUGUGAGGGCUUUCUUUGAGACUGAGAGAUCUGUUCUUGCCAGUCGAGCUUUAUGAACUAGAAGGAAAUGGACAGCAAUACUCUAUUUCUUCAUGAAGAAAUCAUUAGAAAUAUUCUCAAACGGCUUCCUGUGAAGUCCCUGAUCCGAUUUCAAUGUGUGUGCAAACAGUGGAAAAAUCUCAUCAAGACUCGAUCUUUUGUUGCAGACCACCUUCACCACUCUAGUCAUCAAAAUCUUUCUCUUCUUUUAGAACGGAGUCCUUUGCGCUUGUGUUUGCUCGAUUGUGGGCUGCAACUCCAUGAAGUUCAAAAUGUCCCUUCGAUCAAUGCUUUCAGUCGUGCAAGGAUUGUGGGUUCCUGCAAUGGCUUGCUUUGUGUUGAAAUCAAUCAUGAUAAAAAAUUUCCUCCUUCCCUUUUAUUGUGGAAUCCUGCGAAUAGAGUGUUCAGAUAUGUGCCUAGAAGAACUUAUUCCGACUCUGAUGAAUGUGAGGUAGGAUUUGGGUUCAGUGCAGCUGUUAAUGAUUACAAGAUAGUGAGAACUUAUGCUCAGUUUGAUGAUGAAGUUAAUCGAGUGGAAGUGUUUUCAUUAAGUAGACAGACAUGGAAGGGAAUAGAAAUUGGGAAUUUGAAGGGGGUUAAACUUUAUUCUGAAAGUGUCACAACUAAUGGAGCUAUAUUUUGGUUUGGGUUAAAUCUAGGUGAAGAAGAGAAGGGUGAAAAUGAUACUGAGGUGAUAGUUUCAUUUGACAUAGCAAAGGAAGUCUUUACAUUGAUGCCAUGGCCUUCUUUAGACUAUAAUGCAAAUGAAAAGCUUACUGUUUAUGAGAAUAAGCUUGCUGUGCUUUGUGACAUUUGGGAUGAUGAUGAUGAAAGGUCUGAUUUGAUUGAUUUGUGGGUGAUGGAGGAAGGUACAUGUGCAUCUGGGGAGAGAUGGAGUUGGACUAAAAUAUAUACUAGCAGUCCUUCUCCAUACAUAUUAAAUCCAAUGACUGUUUGAGGAACCAGAUUGUCUGCCAAGCUUCUUCUGAAGAGGAUAAUGUAAAAGGAAGACAUGUUCUAUAUCUGCUGAAUCCUACAACUAACGAUGCUAAGAGGUUUGAUAUUCCCAAAUGCGACUAUGUUCAUAAUAUGUGGAAUUAUGUGGAAAGCUUGGUAUCACUUGGCACCUACCGUUGAUUCUAAAAUCUAAUUAUUACAUUGCAGAUUCACUUUUUUUUUUUUUUUUUUGGUAAAACGGGAAAAACCCCUCUCAAACAUUCCAGAUUUACUUUGUUUAAGUACUUUGAUGUAAAGGAAUCUCUAAUAGUUUAGAUUCUUUUUGUACCUGUAAUAUUUGAUGUCUUUUGGAGACGUUAUCUAGAAUGAUGAAUGCGGAUAUUUAACACUAGAUGU